AUGGACAAAAAGAUACUAAAUUUACAUAGUAAUUUAAGUACAAAAGUAAAAGUAUUUAUUAUUAAAGUCUUUGAUAAAUUAUUACCUAUUAAUAACAAUGUGACAGUAGUCAAAAUACCACAUGAAAAAAAAAAUAUUGUAGAUAAGAAAGAAUUUAAUAAUGACUCUAACGAGUUAGAAGAAAUUUUCAAAACUUUUGAAAAAAAAUAUAAAAAUCAAAUAAUUGAUGAAAAUCAAAUGAUUGGUAAAAAUCAAAUGAAUAAUAAUACAAAACUUUCAACUCUUGACAAAACACGA